AUCGAACCGGAGAGCAAACGGACAGUCAGCCUCACCCAUGACGAGGAAAACUCGUGACAUACCACCAGCAAAGUUCUCCAUGAUUUCUAUUGUUGUGUCACAGAGGAUACUGAAUAUGGUUCCUGUUCAGAGGCGCAGACAACCGAGUUUGUCAUGACUGCUGUACACUACCACCCGACAGGACAGCAAAAGACAGCUUAAGGCGAUGCAUCUCAAGAGCCUACCGGUAUUCGUAUCUUCUUUUUUGCUUGGAAGCAAGUCUUGAAUUGACAUGGCCUCGCUUCCUUCUUUUGCGUUCGACAGUCAUUGGCACACCCCCUUUUCAGAGGGUUCUGAGUUCGGGCAUACAGGUGGGCUCGUCUGGUUUUCUCCGGGCUUGCAUUAUGGGAUAUGGCGUGCGGGCAUUGUUCAGCACGCAUUCACUCGACAGUCUCUGCGACAGAAAUAACCACAGCUUUCCGGUUCUUAGGAACGGAUUUUGUCGCGUCGUCUUCCUUCGCAGCGGCGUCGCACACACUUGUCUGUGUACGUCUCCACCGAAUGUAAAUUUAGGUGAUCGAGUUUGAACAGUCAAGCUGUGUACCAUUCUCUACGAACCAUUUUCUGUGCGAACUGUACCAUUGACCGCUCUUUCAGAGCGGGAAUUUCAGCAGAGUUCCACCAUGUUUUGCCCAGAGCGUGGCGGUGCAACACGGCACCCAAAAAUGGGCAUCACCACGCGAGUGUGCCGCAGGGACACCUAGCGUUUUUUCCCCCCGUCGUGCUCGGAAUCCCUUUUCCGCUUUCUGUCUUGAUGAAUACAGAGCCCUCAAAAAGACGCCAGAGGUCAAAACACCAAAGUCUCCAAGAACUUGUGCACGUCUGCCACGAAAUUUUUGCUUUCCUCGGUCUUGUAAAAGAGCUCUACACAUAGGCGGCUGGUACGCUUCAGUCACCCGUCGUCCCGUCUGUAUGCGGCCCUUUUGUGCGGGACGGGCGCCUGCUCAACCCGUCUGUGUCUGCGUUUUCUCCGCAUUCUGGUUUUUCUCUCUGGAAUCUUGGAAGCGUUUUCUCCAGGGGUUCUUCGGGGAACUCGAAAGGCUCUACGUCGCGUUUCAAAGUCGCGCGGAGGGUAAGGGGCGUCCCCACAGGUGGAGGCAACCAGAACAGCAGCGUUCACGGCCGGUGUGGCCGCAAGUGUCUGCCGGAGCACACAGGGGGGACUCGGAGGAGACAAGACGGGGUGGAAUGCGAAUACUCUACGGUGUGAAGAGCGCGUUGGUUCGUGCGGCACCGCGCCACGGUUCGUUCUCGAAAAAGUUUUCUGUCAGCAGCGGGGAGAAAGUUGCCGGUGCCGAUGACCGAAAGGUGUCCAGACUCACUUGGUCUGCGCUCCCGGGACACAGUUGUGCCUUGCAUUCCCAACUUUUUUGCUCACUUCUCCGACCUCCUGCCUCUUCCCCCAACCUCGACGAUUCGUUCUCCACCCUGUGUGACGGAAACCCUGGCUUCCCCACUCUGCGUCCAGACGCCGUUCUGCCAGUGCUUUCCACUCCCUCGGGCGGGUACCCGCGAAGGAAGGAACAGUCGAGUUUGGCUUUGAAGUUCGUCUUCUCGACGUUUUUUUUGUGAUUGCGCGUCCGUCGAACUUGGGUUAAGUGUCACCCACUUCCCCGCUGUUCGUUUUGUGGAGUUCGCCCUCUCGCGAACUUCAGCCGCAAAAGUACAGCGAAGAGAACUGUCCCAACCCCUUCCCGCUUUUGCCGACUUCUUUGUCAGCCACACGACGGCUCUGUUUCGCAGCACACAACGCACGUCGAGCAGCCUCCGUAACAAACGCAAAAAGCUUGCUUUUUCACGCCUUCUUCGCAAUGGAGUUCACUGCUGACAACGCCGCUCCCCUGACGGAGCAGAACGCGCCGCAGGACGUCGAGGCCGUGAAGCCCGAUGUGAUUGAGAACGCGGCGGAAACCGCCAACGAGGAGAGCGCUGCCCCGACGCUGAAGAGACUCGUGUCGAAGACCACGCACAUCAAGACCGUCACGGAGUCGCUGUCUCGCAAGCAAACUAAGGAAAUCACAACGAACACAUUGCACAUGGGAUGGAAAGAGACCAAGGAGGCGUUUCUCGCCCCCCGCUCGACCAUCACUCACGCCGACGGUAGUGAGUCGGAAAUCGCGCGCUUUGUACCCUCCGUCCAAGUGGUUGACCUGCCCUUGGACUUGGUGUACACGGUUCCCGAGGUGAAGACACGCAUGGUGAACUACAUCUUCGAGUGUCCUGCGCGCGGCCAUUCGCGCCUGGUGCCUCGCGAGUUCCCGGUGGAUACGCCGUUCGUCGUGCCGCAGUACCAAGACGUUAGCGUUCCUGUCGUUAUGUCUCAAACGUUUGUGCCUGAACUGCAAGAGACCUCGAGGGUCGUCCAGGUCCCCGUUGCUCGCUACGUUCCGAAACUCGUCCCCGUCGAUGUCUUCGUCCCCCGGCCGGUCGCCAUCCCGAUCAAGGCUGGAGAGGUGACCCAAGUGUCCAAGAACACCGUCAUCAGCGACGACCUCAUGCGCCAGCUGAGCGUGGAAAUGAAUCCGCACCUCGAGGCGCUCAACCAGUUCAACGCCCAGCAGGCCCAGGUCAUGAACAACGUCGUGGCUAGAGCUCAGGAACUCGCCACCCAGAUGGACUGCCCUGUUCCAUCUCGGGAGAAAAUCGAAGUGAACGCAUCCGCAGGCAGCGGUGCCGGUGCGACGAUUGUCGACGAGCAAGGCAACAAGCAACUGCAGUUGGACAUGGGCGGCAAGGAGCUUCGGAGCGUGGAGAUGGUAUUCAAGCGUCUCCACGACGACAUCAACACCUCGAAGUGCGUGGAGGAGAACAUGCAGAUCACCGAAGACAUCAUUCUCUGCGUGCACCGCGACCUGAACGGCGGUCGUCUUGAGAGCUUCCCUUCCGGGAACGCGGGCAUUCCAAUGAUCUUCCGAGCGCCAGACCAGAAGCCGAGCGUCGCGAACGGUCUGCCGGAACGGGUGCCUCUGCGCAGCCUCACGAACGACUUGUCUCAUGCGGCUGCUGCACAGAACGAGUCCGCCACCACGACCGGUGAAGCCUCGCUCCCGACUGCGCUCAACGCGGAGGAACAGACCACCGCUGUCCCAAUCGCUGCGUAGACGCCGGGAAAACUGAAUGCGCCGCGAGAGACGCGGAGGAGGCAGCUGGAAGGGAAAGUUCGAGGCUGAGCUGGCCCCAGGGCCAGACCAGGGGCGAAGGCGCCGCAAGGAGGAGCCGAGAGACUCGAGGAGAGGAAGAGAACGCGGCACGCCUUGUUGCCAGGGGAGGCCGGCCGCAUCACCGUCACCAUCCUCUCGGAGACAGAGAAGUGUGGGGACAGUGGGGACUCCCAAUAAGAGUGCUUGUCUCCACGCGACUGUUUGUGUUGAGCGAAGGCGAGAAGGAGAAGUCCCGCAGAGAACGGAGAGAGCGUUUCUGCAUGCGCGGCCGUCACGGGAAACGGCGAGACGCGGUGGGGUCGGGAUGCGCCGGAUGUGGGCGGCGUCUCUCACAGCGUUCUCAAGUUGAGAACACCGUUCGGAGUCUGCACUGGCGAUGUACAGCAGUCGAGACGGGACGUUCAGGAAAGCCAGUUUGAUGGCCCGAGUGGAGGAGAGAGCCGCCGUGGAAGAACCGUGCAUGCGCCGUUCGUCUCUCGCGAGGGCAAAACGUCAACGCAGGUGGCGAGCGCCCACCUCUGUUGGAUGUACAGACACCGGAGGUGGACUGCUUGUCUCCGCGCCGCGACUCCACUUGGGCAGUGCAUACGUAUUUCGCCGUGAGUCGUCGUCGAGUUUGGUGUCGAGCUUAUCAAAGAGAUGUGUGUGUGUGUCUGUGGAGAGGCGUCGUGAGCAUUUGAGGUUUCUUUGCGUGGCGGACCACAGAGAGACAGCAGACGGCAGCUCAUCAAACGGAAAGCCUUUUCCUGUCCCAGUUGUUCGUACCUCUGCGCCGGGUGCCACGGUCUCUCCUCUCAACUCGUAGAUGCACUUGAGAAGACCCGCAGGUGACAAGCUACGACAGCAGCUGUGCUCUCCGCGACACCGCACAGCUCUGGUGCGCAUGCAGUCGCCACGGGAGGGCACACAGAUGCAAACGCGCGAACGUUUCACAGAGAGCGAUGUAGAGAGUAGAGGAAGAGCCGCAAUUCUGAGGAACAUGUUGACGAACGACUGGGUAUACAGAGAUACAUCUGCCGCACCGGAGCUGAUCCGCGGAAGUCCUCUGGCGCAGCCGCGAAUGGACUAGAAAACCGACGACGGUGCGUCUCCAACUCGGUCUCUACGCCUAUGAAGACGAAGCAGUGUAUGUACUGAUCACUGAGUCCCGUUCUCAUCGUUUUGCACCUGCGAAAAUGUAUGGCUGCUAUAUAUAUAUAUAUAGGAACAAUCGUACCCAACCGCAAUACCUCUGGAGUAUCCUUUUGAUACGCGACUAUCAAACGAAUAAGAUAUAAGUCGAG